AUGGCUGCAGAGACGGGAAGCGGUGAGGUUGACAAUCUUGCUUUUGAGAUGGAUGAGCCAGUCAAAGAAAAGGCGAGUAAGACUUCUGGGAGCAGUUGUGUAGCAGCAGAGAACAACAGAAAUAAACCAACCUAUUGUGUGACUGAUGUCCCACCGUGGUACUUUUGUAUUUUCCUGGCUUUUCAGCAUUACCUGACAGCGUUUGGUGGAAUCAUCUCCAUCCCUCUUAUUCUUUCUGAGGGGUUGUGUCUGCAGCACGAUAGCCUGACUCAGAGUCGCCUCAUCAACACCAUUUUCUUCGUCUCUGGCCUGUGCACCAUCCUGCAGGUCACCUUCGGCGUCCGGCUUCCCAUCUUACAGGGAGGUACGUUUUCCUUGUUGACCCCUGCCAUGGCCCUGCUGUCCAUGCCAGAGUUCAAGUGCCCAGCUUGGACCCAGAACUCCACUCUGGUCAAUACCUCCUCCCCUGUCUUCAUAGAAGUGUGGCAGACCCGCAUAAGAACACUGCAGGGCUCGAUCAUGGUGGCCUCCGUCCUGCAGGUCCUGGUUGGUUUCUCCGGCCUCAUUGGCUUCCUCAUGCGCUUCAUCGGCCCUUUAACUAUCGCCCCCACAGUCUCUCUCAUAGGCCUGUCACUGUACGACUCAGCCGGAGAGAAGGUCGGCAGCUACUGGGCCAUCUCUGCUUCGACCAUGGCACUGAUCAUUCUGUUCUCUCAGUACCUUCGUCGUGUACCAAUCCCUGUUCCGGCAUACAGCAAAACCAAGAAACUGCACACUUCAAAAUUCUACCUAUUCCAGACAGUGCCUAUCCUGCUAGGCAUUUCUAUUCCAUGGUUAAUCUGCUACCUCCUCACCAUCUAUGAUGUCCUGCCAUCUGAUUCAGCCCAAUACGGCUACCUGGCCCGUACUGAUGUGAAGGGAGAUGCCCUGAGUGAGGCUUCUUGGUUCAUAUUCCCUUAUCCCGGUCAGUGGGGGAUGCCGACUGUAAGCCUGGCAGGCGUGUUUGGCAUUUUGGCUGGGGUAAUAUGUUCCAUGAUAGAGUCUGUGGGCGACUACUACACAUGUGCCCGGCUCUCGGGGGCGCCUCGUCCACCCAAGCACGCCAUCAACCGGGGCAUCGGUGUGGAAGGGAUCGGAUCUUUGCUGGCGGGGGCCUUUGGAACAGGAAAUGGAACUACUUCUUUUAGCGAGAAUAUAGCAGCACUCGAUAUCACCAAAGUGGGUAGCCGGACGGUGAUUCUCCUAACAGGACUUAUUAUGAUUUUGAUGGGGAUGUUGGGCAAAAUUGGAGCCAUCUUCACAACCAUCCCCACCCCUGUGGUCGGAGGGAUGUUCCUAAUCAUGUUCGGAGUUAUAUCUGCUGCUGGAAUUUCUAAUCUGCAGUACACGGACAUGAAUUCGUCUCGGAAUGUCUUCAUUUUCGGUUUCUCCGUGUUUUCUGCACUUGUCGUUCCAAACUGGAUCACAAAGAAUCCCGGUUAUCUCGAAACAGGAGUCAAGGAAGUGGACCAAGUGUUGACCACAUUGUUGACCACCCAUAUGUUUGUAGGAGGGCUUCUGGGCUUCUUCCUAGAUAAUACAGUUCCUGGGACUAGACUUGAGCGUGGCCUCUUAGCCUUGGAGAAACUACAACUUGAAGACUCAGGCAGCAACUUGGGAACUGAGGAGGUAUAUAACCUUCCGUUUGGUAUAACUUCCUACCUUCGAUCUCAGUCUUGGGUUCGUUACAUUCCUUUCUGUCCACGGGAGGAUCAUAAAAGUCAGUCUGAGGACAGUAUCGUGUCACAGAAUCAGAAGAGCGAGGAUAACUCUCCAAUCGUCAUCAGUCAAGUUUCUCUAUAAGGUCUGAACUACAGGUUGUGUCAUAAAAUGAAAUGUCCUAAUUGCUUCUUAUUUUAAGUCACACUUAAGGACUGUGUACAAAAAAGUUGGAUGCAGCCUAAAGUGUGAGUGAAGCAAAUGCAGAAGUGACUUUAACCUGCUUUCUGUCUAAGAGCCAGCAGGGGGCGACUCCUCCAGUUGCAAAAAGAAGUCAGAUUGUAUAAAAGUCUAUGAGAAUGUUAUCCUUUUUUUUUCACCUCAGUAAAAGAAAAUCUUAAUAUGUUAACAGUCUUAGUCAUUGGUUUCAAUAAAAAUGUUUUAAAUUUUGUAACUUACUGUCCCAUUUAAAGGAAAAUCUAUAAUAAAUCAGGGUAUGUUUAGGGCAGAGCCAUCUUGUAAUAGAUAGGGCGCUAUCAUAUUUCUAUAUGUAUGCACCCAACCAAAUUCCAAACUCGAGGCUUCCGAACAGAAGUCCACAAACCAACAGGUGAUGUCACAGUUGUCUCAUCUAUCAUUUAAACACAAGUCUAGGGUCACACUACUGUUUCUCCUAACAAGCACUGUCAUCGAAAGGAGUCCAUUUUUAUUUUUGAACUAAGGGACAUUUAACUUAUUGUGAGUUGCUGUGGAAGACCCAAUCGGGUAAAUAAAAUGUUAUUUUACUUUGUUAAUAUGUCCAUAUGAUGUGUUUUUGAUGUUAAAUGACA